AGAGAGGCGCGAUAGAAGAAUUAAUUAUUAGUCAGCCCGCCGGCCAAUUAAUUUAAAAACACCUGGUUAAUUAUCAUGAACGGGUCUUUGUUUGGGAGAGUUUCCUCCAGACAAAUUUUCAUUGCGAUGCAUUCUCCUCAAAUCCUCCUCAACUAAUUCUAAAUCCUCCCCCUCAAAUUCAAAUUACCUAAUAUUCCCCCACACGCUGCCACAUGUUGGCAAGGGGUGAAAUAGACGCCCACCCUACUUCGGACCAGCGCCUCCGAGAAAUCUUCGCCAAGGAGCAAGUUGAAGGAACACCACUGGGCUCUUCAUCGCAAAAAAAAACGAACGCUGCUGGCCCGCAUCGAGGAGGAGUAUGUUUGGGCUCUUCACCAGAGGAUACGUAACAAAACCCCCCGCACCUUCUUUGAAACCUUCGCCGAGAUCCAAGACGAAUCCCGGAAGUUCGAGGACUUGCAGCCGACAAAACAUCCUGCAGAAGCCGCCACCGCAAACUCAAGUGCACGAAUUGCCGAAAUCCCGGACACUCGCAGGAGGAAUGUCGGAAGAGGAAGAAACCGGUCAGUGUAUCGCCGGUCACACACCGCACCAAGUAUUCAAAAGUGCCGGACCACCGUUCGCUUCUCGGGAAGUUAACCUCGUACUGUUAGUUUAAAUGGAUGCCGUUUGGUUUACGUAAUGCCCCCUCGCUGAGGUAUUCUAUGAAAGUGCCAUUUCUCAACCUCGCUAGGGGUGUGACCUCGAAAAGAAGAAGAAAAGAGAAAAUUCCCUCAAGUAUGGUGGCAGAACCGAGCAAAUUAUUCUGAAUUAUCCACCUAUGUAAUCGACGUUUAUGUAAACGCGAUUGAUAAAUUAAUUGCAUGCAUACUGUCAUGUAAAUGCUGCUUUGGUGUGUAAAGAACAAGGUCACGCGUUAGUUAUUUGUUUACUUCUGCCAAGCCAACUCUCCUACUCCGCGGUUAUGAAACGGCCAAAAAAUGAAAGAAAUAGGAUGAGCCUAAUCUAACGUUUGCUGUGUCAAUUUAGGAUAAGCGUUUGCUAAUAGACAUUUUUUCGCGGACGUCAGAAUUAACUACUCGAAAUAAUGAUGGAUCGCCUUAAGAACGCCCGCGGUCAAUCACACACAUCGAACGAAAAUGACCUUACCAAUUCAACCACUAUGUGAAUCGAAAACGUCUUGUCAAUUACGAAACGCUUCGUCGAAACGCAAGCCUUGCCUAAGCGCGGUCUGGGCGGACCCGCCGACGAGGAGGGAGAGACGGCGAGCCAUAUGCUCCUGGUCUGUCGGUUACGGAACCUUAAGUGAGCGCGAGGAGAGCUUCGGGAACGUGGCUGAGGGCUCCAAUUUAUUAGACCUAAAAGGUCAAAGGGUGGUGAGUCCGCUUGCCGCGCCUCAUGCGUCUCAACAAUCAACAAGACGGCCGCGCAGCCGUGUCGACAUUUUGGCGAUGCCGGGCCUCAAGUCACUCGUCUCGCGACGUCGAAGCAACGGAUCCGGUUCGGGCGAGAUCGACACAGCGGCGCCGCUGGUUAAAAAGGAAAGCGCGAACAUCGUGCGCUCCUCGGUUAGUUUGGCGAGUUUACGAAAGUGCGACACGGUUCUCGCGUUAACUAGCGUUCUUCGUUCCGGAUCGUCUUCGAGCAGUAUCGAACCCCUGCAGCCCGUUAAUCGGUUACGUGUCUCCCCGCAUGGCUCAUCUUCGCGUAUUUGCUCGAGAUGUUCCAGUUUAUUGACUUUAGCCUCGAAUUCGCGUUACUCGCUCAAUACCGCGACGGGAGGCUUUGAACCGGUCGUCGAGGAAUCGCCGUUGUUAUGUAAACUUUGUUUGGCCGAAACUCCUUCUAAAGAUGCCUGUAAAAUUGUUCAAUGCAAUUGCGCCUUUUGUAAACAGUGUAUGAGAGCGUACGUUGAAUUCGAAAUAGCAGAGGGAGCGUACGAUAUUUCGUGUCCGGAUGCACAAUGUCCGUCUCAGGGUGCCUUGACCGAGGACGAAAUCGAUCGAUUGGUCGGGAAGGACUUGUUGCAGAAGCACAAGAAGUAUCGGUUGAAUAGGGAGGUGGAGCUGGAUAAGAAUCGAACGUGGUGCCCGAGAGCGGGAUGCGAGACCGUUUGCACGCUGUGUCCGUCGCAACCGUGCCUCCCGCAGUGCGUCCACUGUCCCACUUGUACUGUCGAUUUUUGCAGUAACUGCAAGCUGGAGUGGCAUUCCGGCGUCUCCUGCGAGCAAAAUUCGAAACGGCUCGCCAAGGAGGGGAAAGUGGAAGAUCCGGGAAUUUCCUUCAAUUCGGACUUUAUAAAAUGCUGUCCCAUGUGUAACGUUCCUAUAGAAAAAGACGAAGGCUGUGCUCAAAUGAUGUGCAAAAGGUGCAAACACGUCUUUUGCUGGUAUUGCCUUGCGAGUCUCGAUGAUGACUUCUUGCUAAGACACUACGAUAAAGGACCGUGUAAAAAUAAGCUAGGUCAUUCACGUGCGUCCGUCAUUUGGCAUAGAACUCAAGUCAUCGGCAUAUUUGCAGGUUUCGGUAUUCUCUUGCUAGUCGCGUCUCCGCUACUGCUCCUGGCAGCACCCUGCAUUGUGUGUUGCAAGUGCCGUUUCUGUAACGCCGGAACGAGUAAACUGGACAACGAAGAAGAGCUUCCCGAGGAGAACCGUUGAAUGUGAAGUGACUGUGAACUCGGAUAUGUAGUUGCCUUUUUAAUACUCGUUACGUUAAGGAUUAGUAUUAGACACUCAACUACGUUCCUGAUUAACUUUUUUAACAAUGCACGCAUAGACGGAAUCUGUGAUAAAACUGUGAUUGACCUACCGUCUGUGUCUUGAACUAUUUUGUGAUGAAUUUGAAAAACUUCGCUUAUUUUCGUUUGUUUAAUUUCUUAAUUGUAAAUAUGAAAGAGUAAUGCAAUCUAUUAUUGUAGCGAUUAUAAAAUCAUCGUGGUGAUACUCACAAUAUGUUGUAGAUAAUUGGCACACGCUUGCAAACCAACUUAACAAGAUCUGCAUUCUCUACCGACUUUUAUUACACGAGAAGGACUCUUACGUUAAGUUUAAUUGUCGACAAAUUUAAUGUAAACAUAUUUUUUUAGUUGUUUAACAAAUAAACAAUUCUUUUCCUCUUUAUUUUCAAAUUUUCUGUUGGGGUCUGAAUUAUUUGUUUAAAUAAAUAUAUCGACAUUG